AUGUCCUCAUCCGCCGAGCCUUCCCCCACCGCCUCCUCAGAGCAGUCUGACCAGCGGAAUCCCACUACUUCCAGCAAUCUCUAUCUUGUCACCUUUCUCGCCACCCUUUUUCUCCUCCUUUUCGUAUCAUGCGCCAUUGUCAUGCGCUCCUACGUUCUUCGUCGUCGUUUCCAGCGAGAACAGGAUGACCAGCUUGCUGCAGGUCGCUUCCUCGCCCCACGCACUCAGGGUUCAAAGCGCAAGCGUUUUGGCGCAAAACCCAGGCUCUUUGAUACGUGGCUCGCCGAUGGAGGUGUCACCUGGGAUCACAUCAAGCCCAUCUCAGCUCAGCCCGUCUUUGUCAAGCGUAGGUACAGAGACGGUCGCGUCCCCAAGGAUGGCGUCGUCAUAUCGGGUGCGCCCCAGCAGCCACCUACUAUAGUCCAACCCCCUGCUCCCCGACCAACUGCCAUCCGUCGUUUCUUUUCUCGUACCCGCCCCACAUAUCCUGUAUCUCAGGAGACAGACGACACAGAGGCCCUCGUCGAUGCCGAGGCCAUCGCCACCACUACCGAUAUACCUAAUCCAGCUAUAACUUACAAAGUCCGCGUCGAAAUGCUUCAAGUCUCCGUCCUCAUUGCCAUGCCCUGUCAGAAUCGCUCAAUCAAAAAGGGCAAGGCUUUGGAUCCCAUCACAAAUGACAUUGAAACAGAAGACGAAGACGAUGAUGAAGAUGCCCCGCUGCCAAACCUCGUCUUCGGUGUCACCAGAGUCAACUACCGCCAGCCAAAGUCCCAAAAAACUACCGACACCAAUAAUACAUCACAGCAAAAACCACAAAUGCCAAUCGUGCCAGAAGAAGAGCUCUGA